AACCAAAACCAAACACCAACGUAGUAACAUAACAUAACAAACACGUUACACAUUUCAUUCAUUCAUCAUUCACAUCAAUGGAAGAACCAACAUUUCUAUUCCCACCCCCCGAUUCCGACUUAGACCUCAGUUUCACCAGCACAACCACCGACCGGACCUUCACCUCCUCCUCCGCUCGCACCAGUUUAGCUCGCACAAGCAGUCUUGCUCUCAGCUUCAACGACCGUCUCUCAACCGCUUCCGCCGCUGCAACAGACACUGUUUCCUCUGCCAUCAUCCGCCGUCCUCACCGUAGCUCUGAUCCAAACUGGACUGCUAUUAAAGCUGCAACAAAUCUCUCUUCUGACGGACGUCUUCAUCUCCGUCAUUUAAAACUUCUCCGUCACCUCGGCUCCGGUGACCUUGGCCGUGUGUUUCUUUGCCGCCUCCGUGAUUACGACGGCGCAAAUUUUGCACUUAAGGUUGUUGAUAAAGAUCUUCUUACUCCUAAGAAAUUCUCUCACGCGGAAAUGGAGGCGGAGAUUCUUCACGCGCUUGAUCAUCCUUUUCUCCCUACGCUAUACGCGCGUAUUGAUGUCUCUCAUUACACGUGUCUACUUAUUGAUUAUUGUCCUGGUGGUGACCUCCACUCUCUCCUCCGUAAACAGCCGGGAAACCGACUCACGAUCUCGGCGGCGCGUUUUUUCGCUGCCGAGAUUCUUGUUGCACUCGAGUAUCUUCAUGCGCUUGGUGUUGUGUACCGUGACUUGAAACCUGAGAAUGUGCUUCUACGCGAAGAUGGACACGUUAUGCUUUCUGAUUUUGACCUUUGCUUUAAAGCUGAUGUGGAGCCUACUUUCGAGUGUUGUAGUGUUCAAAAACCGCAUGUGGGUCCCACUUACUGUUGUUUCGGUUAUAACGGAUCAAGAUCUGGCGAUUCUAGUGGGCGAGUCGUUGCGGAGUUUGUUUCAGAACCAACUACGGCGUUUUCACGGUCAUGUGUUGGAACCCACGAGUAUUUAGCGCCAGAGCUUGUUUCUGGUAAUGGUCACGGUAACGGUGUGGAUUGGUGGGCUUUUGGGGUUUUCAUUUAUGAGUUGUUAUAUGGAACAACGCCGUUUAAGGGGUGUAACAAGGAGAACACACUGCGUAAUAUAGCAUCUAAUAAGGACGUGAAGUUCCACGUGGCGGAGAGUGAAGAGGUAGGGAUGGCACAAGCGAGAGAUUUGAUAGAGAAGUUGUUAGCGAAAGAUCCUAAGAAGAGAUUAGGGUGUGCUAGAGGUGCGACCGAUGUUAAACAACAUCCUUUUUUUUAUGGAAUCAAGUGGCCUUUGAUUAGGACCUAUAAGCCACCUGAAGUGAAGGGACUAUUGAGGAGGAAAAAAUCGGAUACACAUUUGAGUCAUGUGACUAGUAAGAAGAAGAGAGGAUGGUGGAAGAAGCUUGGAUGUGUAUUGAAAAAUAAAGGAGCUAGAUAUGAUUUACUUUCAAACUAUAGUAAUAAUAAUCAUUAUUGUUAUGUUAAUAAUAAUAGUAAGGUUAGGUAAAUAAAAUUGAGCAUUGGUUCAAUUUUUGUUUUGAAUGGUGUUACACGGUACAAUCAACAUAUAGGAUAGUCAAUAGUGUGACAAUAGUUUACAAUUUUGGUGUGUAGUUUUUCAUGUAUACCAAACAGAUCCACAGUUUGUAUAUGAGUGGAGAAUCAAUAUGAUGAAUCACAUUAAUAAAACUAGCUAAUUCAUUUAUUUGCUUUAAUCUCUCUCCC